AAACGGCGUUAGUAUUGGGGUGGGUGAGUGUAAUGAGCAACUACGAAAGCGGUAAAACGCAAGGCCGAAUCCCGUUUCAGUAUAAAACCCCCUCAAAAUCCCCCCUCGAAACGACAAACGUUACGCCCACGGUUGAUUCAAAACGACGGCCCUUCUCAUCUCUUUAUCCUAUAACCUCUUCCUUUUCUCUCGCCGAUUCAAAUGCGUCCCUUCAGGUACCUUGCCGGCGUCAAUUCCUCCGCCACCUCCGAUACCUUCGAGCCUAGGUAUGACUCUGACUUCGUCAUAAUCCUCGCCGCCCUCCUCUGCGCUUUGAUUUGCGUCCUCGGUCUUGUUGCGGUUGCCCGCUGCGCCUGGCUACGACACCUUGCUGGUGAUGGUGCUGGCGCUGGUUCCACUCGUCCUCCCCCGCCUCCUGCCUCCAACAAAGGUCUCAAGAAGAAGAUCCUAAGGUCUCUUCCCAAGUACACUUUCACUGCUGAGUUUUCUGCUCAGUUCUCAGAUUGCGCGAUCUGCCUCGCGGAGUUCGCUGUCGGUGAUGAAAUCCGUGUGCUGCCGCAGUGUGGCCAUGGAUUUCACGUGUCCUGCAUCGAUACCUGGUUCCGAUCUCACUCUUCCUGUCCUUCCUGCCGUCAGAUUCUGGUUGUAAGUCAGUGCCAGAAGUGCGGCGGUUUUCCGGCGAGCUCCAGUUCGAACGGCGGAACGGAAUCCAGAGUGAAAGAGGAAGGAGAUGAUAAGACGAAUAGGUUCUUACCUUAGCUCUAGGGUUUUUCUCUUAACUACUGCGAUUCUUGUUCCUUCCUUCCUCCGUGUUGUAAAUAGCUCUCUUAAUCAAAUUCAUGUAAUUACUGAAAAUCGUGGAUGUAUUCAAGUUGUAAACAAAGGAGAUUCCCCUGAAUUCGAAAUCGGCCGCUCUGAUAAUUCCGUUUCUGUUGUGAAUAUUGACUUCAAAUCUUGUCGUCGAUUUUCAGCGGAGAUGGCAUAACUUUACAGUACAGGCGAUGAAUUGAAAAAGGGGGAACAGUAUGAGUAUCAUCAUGUGGAUGGUGGACAUUCCAACAGCCAAUGUGAUUUGUUUAUUUCCA